AUGAAAAGUUUAGAUGUUGAAUUAUCACUACAUCAUUUGAAGCAAGCUGAUGCUCAUCGUAGACAUCAGGGCAGACACACAAAAAUGGAUUUAAAUUCAUCCAAAAUCAAUGCUAUAAGAUUAAAUUUUCAUAAAAUCAACUGCGUUCAUUUCAGAAAGCCCACUGGAUCGAAUUUACCUUUUCAUCCACCACAAAAACUCAUUUUGGGAUAA